GUGAUGCGCUGGAGGAGCAGCGGCAGCAGCAGCGCAGCGGUGGAGAGCACGAUCCCUCCGCCAAUAUUCGCUCUGUUUGUGAUUAAUCUGAACGCUUUUGCCUCUUUCUGGCUUUGCAGCGGGGCCUGUGGUGUGUAUAAUGACCGGAAAGACCCAGACGAGCAACGUGACCAACAAGAAUGACCCCCGCUCGCUUAACUCUCGAGUCUUCAUCGGAAACCUGAACACGGCGGUGGUGACGAAGGCUGACAUCGAGGUGAUCUUUUGUAAAUACGGGAAGAUCGUGGGCUGCUCCGUGCACAAGGGCUACGCAUUUGUGCAGUACUCCAGUGAGAGGAACGCCAGGGCGGCUGUGUCCGGGGAGUACGCCAGGGUCAUCGCCGGCCAGUCACUAGACAUCAACAUGGCAGGGGAGCCGAAGCCAUACCGACCAAAGCUGGGCUCCAAAAGACCCCUGUCGUCUCUCUACAGUGGAUAUGAGUUUGACUAUGACUACUACAGAGAUGACUUCUAUAGCAGACUGUUUGAAUACCAUGGUCGGGUGGUGCCCCCCUCCAGAGCUGUGAUCCCAAUUAAACGGUCCCGUGUCAUCGUCCCAUCACGGAGACCCAAGUCCUCGUUCUCCAUCAGAGCAUGCUCCUCCUCCUCUUCCUCCUCCUGCUCUUCAUCGCGACAGUUCAACAACAUUUCCUCUGCCCAUGGACCCAGGCUGAAGUCCGAUCAACUUGUAACAAUAAAGAAGGAGCUGUCUCAAAUCAAAACCAGGAUUGACUCUCUGCUGGGUCGACUGGAGAAGAUCGAGAGGCAGCAGCGAUCUGACAUUGAGAUGAUGCAGAGGAAGCAGGAGGAAGUGUGCGAGUGUCUCCAUGGCGACGCAGCGGACCAUUCUGGAGCAGAGGAGGGGGAGGCGGGAGAGGACCAUGGGGAGGGUGGAGACAUGACGGACGGAGCAGUGGAAGACUAUGAUGAUGAAGAAGGCAACAGAGACCUGAUUGAGAACCACAUAUCAGACAUCGACAACUGAGAGAGAGCCAGAAAUUAAGACAUCUAAAUGAAGACACCAGCAAAGCCUCUGGAUGUGACGGAAACACAGUGAACUGUUAAGAGCCAGACACAGAGGAGAGGUCUUGUUACAACUCUACAAUUCUGAUGUGGACUUUCUGAAAAUGCUGGCUGAUGAAUAUUCACAAUAACUGCAAAAAGCAAUCAAUAAUCCCUGGAGUUAUUUCCUCUCAGAAAAACAAGGACUUUAUUUUGUGUGCUUAAUAUAAUCUAUGAAGAUCUGUAACAGUAACAGUGAUGAAAAUGUAAGUCAGCCAUGACAUUUGUCAUUGUAAAUGUAUUUUAUUAUUUAUGUGCAUUAAAAGCUCUUAGAGGGAGUGCUCUUUAUUUGAAUGUAAGAAGUGUUUACCCUUUUUUACUUGUUUAUUUAUUUUGGAAAAUGUAAUUUAUUAAAAAAAAUUGUUAUCAUAUAUUUAGUUUAAGGCACACAACAAUUAGUAGUUUAGUGUUUCAUCUGUCAGCUACAAAUACAAAUUUGAUAACAACGAACAAUUCCCUCAUUUCAUCCAAUUUAAAUGGCUUCUGAAUGGGAACCGAAAAAUCUUGAUUCGAAAAACAGUGUCCAGAUGAUCACCACUGAAACCUUCUCUAUGCUGAACAUUCAAUUAUUAUAAAUGCUAAAAAAUAUUCAAAUAUUUCAUUGUCUGCGCUCAAGAAUUCAAUACAUGCAUUCCAGUCUUUGGAUCAAGCUAAAGCACUUUUACAUUUACAAAUAUGAAAUAUUGAAUUGAUGUGUGCCUUUGUGUUUCUCUUGUAAAUCAUAAAUGCAUUGUUUGUUUUUGUUUUGGAUUUAUGAAAAUGAUUUUAAUAACAAGCAUGUGGAAAAUGACCCAUUUGUUUCAUUAGUAUUCAGUGCAUCUGAUGUACAGAGUUUUUAAAAUAAACAGGUUUCCUGUCAACCAU